AUGAAGUUCCCUUCGUUCCUGGUAGCAUUGGCUCUGGCAGCCACUACCUCUGCUGCUGCAGUCCCCCAUUCAUCUAUGAAAACUGACCACACGGAGACCACUUCGUAUGAUAUUCCCGGAUUCUUCAGCCGCAACUGCACUCGCGAGAAGAUGACUGUCCGCAAGGAAUGGCGCCACUUGACCACGCACGAGCAGAACAGUUUUCUGGACUCGGUUCAAUGCUUGAUGAACAAGCCAGCCGAAUCCGGUCUGACAGCAACGACCAGUCGGUUUAGUGACCUCCAGGCCCUUCACCGUGGAAUGACCAACACGGCGUAUGCGGAUAUCAUCCACCAUGUGCCUGGUCAGGGACAAUUCCUCCCCUGGCACCGCUACUACAUGCACAUCUACGAGGCCCUGCUUCGUAACGAGUGUGGAUACGACGGUCCUAUUCCCUGGUGGGAUGAGCAAAAGGAUGCCGAUAGCGGCAACAUGUGGCAAUCAUCGAUGUGGGGAGCCGAUGCCUUUGGAGGCAAUGGUACCGGGUCCGACAACUGUGUGCGCGAUGGUCGGUUUUCCAACCUCACUUUGCACAUUGGGCCGGGUGAUGAAGACACGGACUACUGCUUGCGCCGCGCAUGGAACACCGAGAAGGCGAUUGCCAACGCCAACAGCACCGUGCUAGAGAUGUGUAAUGCUUACAACACCUAUGCUCCAUGGUGGAAUUGCAUCUCCAACAUUCCCCACAAGGGUGUACACACCUACAUUGGUGGUGUGAUGGCAGAUAUCAAGAGCUCGCCCGGCGACCCGAUCUUCUUCAUGCACCACAUGUACAUUGAUCGGGUUUGGUGGAAGUGGCAGCAGCAAGAUCCCAUCAACCGGUUGUACGACAUCAGCGGUCCGACUCUGAAUCACACGGCCAACGUGGAACCAGCUGGAGGUUGGCAGAACGCUACCCUUCACUACGAACUCUCCUCGUUCAACAUCAUGCCUAACAUCACUAUUGCCGAGGUGAUGAACACCCAGGGAGGUUACCUGUGCUACGGUUAUGACUGA